AUGAUAAUUUCUUACAAAUGUUACGUCUUCUCAUUCAGGGUUAUGGGAAACUUCGACUAUACAUCGGUGCAAAGGCGUGGCCGUGGACGACGAAGCGAAAGGAGAAGCAGAAAUCCCUGGACAGAAGGUGGUGGGGGUAUGGAAGAAGAUCCAGAAGGAUAUGGCGCUGCACAACCUAUUCAAUCACCGGCUUCAAGUUAUGCCUCGAUGUUUAGGCCUAAGAAACGGAAACGUGAGAAGGUGGUCAUCGACAAUUCACAAUAUGACAGUUUACCAAUGUGCGGUAUAGAAGUGCGUCUACCUGUCGGAUUGAAACCCUACCCAUCGCAAAAACUCAUGAUGGUACGCUUGAUCACUUCACUCACGAAGAGAUUGAAUUUUUUGGCGGAAAGCCCAACAGGAAGCGGGAAAACAUUGGCACUGCUGGCAUCGAGUUGUGCUUGGCUGGAUGACUACAAGAAGAAAAGGCUGGAAGCAAGGAUAGCAUGUCCCGUGCACAAUAGCAGAAGAGAUACAUCAUACGCAUCCAUAAAGCAAGAGCUAGAAGACGAUGUGCAGCUCGAUCAAAAUGUCAAAAGCGAACUUAAUGAGGUCAAACCGGAACCGCUCAGUGUAAAAAGUGGUCAAUCAUAUGAUGAUGAGUUCUUCUCAGACUUUGCUCACACUCCUCGGGCACAACAGUAUGGGAGAAUUGAUCUGCCAGAGGAGCCAGUAGAGCCGAAAAUCGAGAAAAACUGCAUAUGUUUACCGAAGACUCGAAUCUACUACGGCACUAGAACACACAAGCAAAUUGGGCAGGUUGUCAAGGAGUUCGCCCGUCUCCCUUAUGCAGGUGUUUUAAAGUGCGUUGGGUGGAUUCCUCCUUACAUAGUCGAGUCUUAUCUUUUGUACAUGGUGUGCGGUGAAGUUUUCAUCGAAUUUCAGUUAGGGUGCCGAUUCAAAGAUGCUAUGAAACCUGCUUAUGAGAAACCGAGUAAUCUGCGAAUAGUCCUGGAGCAAAUGGAUGCUGUGGUGUUCGACAUUGAAGAACUAGUAGAGAGUCUUUCAUCUAUGGCGAAACCGAUCUGCCCGUAUUUUUCCUCUACACGGGUACUAACUCAAGACGCGGAUAUUAUUUUCUGCCCUUUUAGUUACCUUGUCGAUCCUAUUAUACGACAUUCCUCUGAUGUGCAUUUGAGAAACAGCGUUGUGAUUCUGGAUGAAGCACAUAACAUUGAGGACAACUGUCGUGAGGCCGCAAGCUUCACUUUUCAUGAAAAAGAGGUCGCGGAUGCGCUGGCAAAUAUAAGGGAGAAAGAGAAUCUGACCCUGAUGCUGAUUGAGAAGGUUGCCACUGGAGCUGACUUGAUGGAAGGAGUCGAAAAAGAGGCCGUUAACAUGACUGUGGAUAAUCAUGGGAAAUAUUUGGAGCAUAUUACGAAGUUGGCACUGCUAGUGGACGACUUAUUGAAGUGGUUUCGUGAUUCAGCUUCUAAAUUGUUAGAAAACGCAUACAGUGACAGCAUGGGGAAUCUGUCGCAGACAGUUAAUCACGCUUACCUCGACGUGGAUUUGAAAAGAUUCCGCUUGCAUCCAGAUAAUGCACGAUAUGAACAUGUCCAGGCCGCUUUCAAUGCUGUUUGCUCCGCAUAUCAAGAGGGGCAGGAGAACCGUCAACCCGAAAUGAAGCUCAGCUCCAUUGCUAUAGUUUGCGUAGAAAAGUGGCUGUACUUUAUUGGCUAUUUCAAAGAUGAGGAGAAGAGGAGCAUGUACAAGAUGAACGUGAGCAGCGAGUAUAUAGAUAAGUCUAAUGAUCGCUCAUCAUUCGCCCAUGGAAAUGCUCGACGGAGCACUCAAGGUGGUCCGAAGAACGUCAACUACAGCCAGACCGACGGUGACGUGUGGCUUUCAUCUUCACAAGGCCCUUCAGGCCAUGUUCCGAUUCGGCAGGGAUAUAAAACCUCUAUUAGCUUGUGGUGCAUGAGUCCGGAACUGGCUUUCACUAGUGCUUUCUCUGAUUGCCGUUCUGUCGUACUUGCAUCUGGCACUUUGUGUCCCGUUGAAACGCUGAAGACUGAGCUUGGUCUCAAGUUCCAUUCUCAAAUGGAAGGAGAUCAGGUUAUUCCUGCCGACCAGAUUUUUGCCUCUGUAUUGCCUGUGGGCCUGAACGGUCACAGGAUGUGCGCAACCUACCAGAAUGUUGCAAACGUCAAUAGCAGGUUUAUUAGUGAACUGGCAUUAAUAGUAAGUCGUAUUUGUAUGUCCGUGCCAAAAGGGAUUCUCUGCUUUUUCCCUAGCUACCGUGUUUUGAACCUUCUCUUUGAACACAUGGAAGUUACAUCUAUGCUUCGUCAGAUUCAAACUCGAAAGGUGGUGGUGAAGGAACCACGGCGUUCUUCAGAUAUGCACGAAGUAAUGGAAGUUUAUGAAGAUGCCGUCAAAAGUCCUGAAAAAUAUGGUCGCCAUGUAGAUGGUGCUUUGAUGUUUGCAGUCUUUCGCGGAAAGGUGUCUGAAGGUAUAGAUUUCGUCGAUGAUCUCGCAAGGGUGGUCAUCUCUGUCGGAAUUCCGUUUCCCAACGCUAUGGAUGAUUUGGUAAAGGAAAAGAAAGCGUACAAUAAUGAAUACUGUAAGAUAAAAUCUCUUCUGACAGGAGAUCAGUGGUAUGUUUCGCAAGCAUAUCGUGCGCUCAACCAAGCUCUCGGCAGAUGCUUGCGUCAUAGAAAUGACUGGGGUGCUUUAGUUCUCAUUGAUGAGCGUUUGGUGGAGCAGGCGAAACCUCAGCAGAACACAGGCUAUUACGGUCUCAUCAGCUCGGCUAUCAAAAUGGAUCAGGAAACAACUAGUCGUUUAUCCGGAAUUCACCGAUUUCGAUAG